AUGCUGAAUGACUCAACUCUGAAAGUGCAAAUUGGCCCCUCGAUUCUGAACUCGGACCUCUCCUGUCUUGCCGAUGAGUGUAAUAAUCUAGUAAAAAAUGGUGCCGAUUACCUACACUUAGAUGUAAUGGAUGGACAUUUUGUCCCAAAUUUGACCUUCGGAGCUCCGGUUGUAAAGAGUCUUAGAAAAAAUGUCGGGGAAAAUGUUCUAUUUGAUAUGCACAUGAUGGUAGCGGAACCUGAAAAAUGGGUCCAAGAUAUGGCCAAUGCUGGAGCAGACCAGUAUGUUUUUCACUACGAGGCAAGCAAAGACCCAAAUCACUGCAUUCGAAUUGUCAAAGAAGCUGGAAUGAAGGUUGGAAUAGCAGUUAAACCCAAAACUCCAGUAUCUCUAGUAGAAGAGUAUGCUGACCUUGUAGACGUAGUGCUAGUGAUGACUGUCGAACCGGGAUUUGGAGGUCAAAAGUUCAUGUCCGACAUGAUGACGAAAGUGUCUCAUUUGAGAUCAAAGUUCCCAAAACUUGACCUUGAAGUUGAUGGUGGCGUUUCACCUACAAAUGUGGAACAGUGUUAUCACGCCGGAGCCAAUUUGAUUGUGUGUGGAAGUGCGAUUACACAGAACGAAGAUCCGGCAGCUGUUAUAAAUCAAUUGAAGAAAGAAGCAGAAGCUAGCUUUAAGUUCUAACUAUGAUGAUUUUUUUUAUCACGGUCAAUGAUGGACUUGAUUUCCGCUGAAGUAUCUGGAUGCUCAUUGUUACUAUUUAUUUAUGAAAUGAAAAUGAGUUCGUGUAAAAAUUGCAAAUGAAUGUUAUCUUAGAAUUUUGUAGAGUUUAGAACCAGUGCUAAACUGACAAAUGUUUGGUGCAUCGGCCUCUUGUGAUAAUUAAUUAUUAUCUGUGA